CUCUCCCUCCACCGGCUUCUCCCCUCCCCUCCCCUCCCUCCCUCCACCGGCGGCACGGACGCGGCGGCGGUAGAGCGCGCAGCGGCGGAGUGCGCGGACGCGGUGGUGGCGUGGACGGCGACAUCGGUGGCUCCCGGUGCGGCGGCAGUAGCUCCCCUCCCCUCCCCUCCCAGAUCCGGCCGGAGGGAGGCCGGGGGAGGGCAGCGGCGGCGUGGACGGCGACGUGGGUGGCUCCCCUCCCCUCCCUUCCCCUCCCCGAUCCGGACGGAGGGAGGCUGGGGGAGGGUGGCGGCGGCGAGGCGCGCGCGUGGUCGGCGACGUCGAUGAUGGCUCCCGGUGCGGCAGCGGCGGCGAGGCGCGCGUGUGGUCGGUGGCUCCCGUUGCAGCGGCGGCGGCUCCCAUCCCCUCCCCUCCAGAUCCAGCCGGAGGAGGCCGGGGGAGGGCGGUGGCGGCGAGGCAUGCGCAUGGACGGCGACGAGGGUCAGCAGUUUCCACAUCUCAGCUAAGGACUGGAAUGGCCAAACCCAAUGGCAAAGAGAAAACGGGUGACACGGGAUUGUCGAUGGCUCCUCCAAAGAUUUCCAAGGAUAGAUUUGAUGCUGCUAUCAGAGCCAUGGCUGAUAUUGGUAUCCUAAAGGAAACUGCUGCGCCCGUGUUGAAUAAUCUACUAAACUUAUUCGAUUACAACUGGGUGCAUAUAGAAGCUGAUAAUUAUCUGGCUCUUGCUGAUGCUAUAUUUUGUGAUUCAGAUCCCAAAGAAGGACAGAAAAGGCAAGCUAAUGAGACAAAUCUUGAUGCAGACCAAUCUAACAAGAAGCUUAAGACAAAAAAGCGUUCUCAAAAUCCUACAUCCAAGAUGCAUGGCAAUGACAAUAGAGAGUUUGUUGAAGCUCCACCACAGCAGGGACGAGGCACACUGUCUGCCCGAACUGUUAAUGGGAAGAAAGUCACCAGGGCCCACUUGGAGUUGCCUUCUUCACAAUUACUGAUCAAGGAACCACAUACAUGCCCUAGCAUUGCAAAGAAUACAACAAUUGUUGAAAAUAAUUCUGCUGUAUUAUGCCAUGGUCAAGACCUUCAAACUUUUGAGGUCCCAGUAGCAACUACUUGUCCGCAAGUUGUAGCCCCCAGUACUCGCAAAGAUGCACGUAGGACUUCUGGUGCUCGCCAUGAUCAGAAGCAUGAAGGUGUAUCUGGUGCGCAUGAAAGGAACAGGGCUGUUGCGUGUAGCAACCAGGAAAUUGUAAGCAGCAAGGAUUCUCCAUCCAACAUUGAGGUAGUUUUGUCAAAUUAUGGAGCUGGGAAACUAUCAUUCACAUACAACUCUUCCCUGGCAAACCGUUCUGAUUUUCAUCUGCCUGACAUUAAAUUAAUUUGCAAGAAAAUGGAGGCUAGAUGCCUUAGGAAAUACAAGAGCCUAGAACCCAAUUUCUCUUUUAAGAAUCUUAUUAAAGAUACUUGCCAGUGUAUUGUUGAAUCUAGUGGACCUAGACAUGAAGGCAUCAUACAAACUGUUCCUGCCCUGGACAUUCUGUCCAAACCUUCAGUGCCGCAAAUAUUGCAGUCAAAUCAAGCUAAUUCCGCUUUUAUGCCACCUAAUAAUGUCAUGAGCCUUGGUGGUACUUCUUCCUCUUGCACUGUUGCUGGAGUUAGCCAGAAUUCUAGUAAUAUGCCGGUUGUUCCGCAUCAACUACAUAUUGGUGCCAACAGACCACCUCAUGAUGUCAAUGAUAUCACAAAAGGUGAAGAACGUUUAAGGAUUCCAAUUAUUAAUGAAUAUGGCAAUGGGAUUCUUCCUCCUCCAUUUCACUACAUACCACACAAUAUCACACUCCAAGAAGCCUAUGUAAACAUCUCCCUUGCUAGAAUCGGAGAUGACAAUUGCUGUUCUGAUUGUUUCAGAGAUUGUCUGGCACAAUCACUUCCUUGUGCGUGUGCUGCAGAAACAGGAGGAGAGUUUGCUUAUACAACAGAUGGCCUUCUUAAGGGAGCAUUUCUAGAUAGCUGUAUCUCAAUGAUUCGAGAACCACUUAAACAUCCCCAUUUCUACUGCAAGAUUUGCCCAAACGAACGAAUGAAGAUAGAAGUAAAUUCUGAUUCAUCAAACACAGAAAUGAAUCCUGGUCCUUGUAAAGGACACCUUACAAGGAAAUUCAUCAAGGAGUGCUGGAGAAAAUGCGGCUGCACUAGAAAUUGUGGAAACCGUGUGGUGCAGCGAGGCAUCACACGCCAUUUACAGGUGUUCUUAACCCCUGAAAAAAAAGGAUGGGGAUUGCGCAGUACUGAGAAACUUCCUCGAGGUGCUUUUGUUUGUGAGUAUGUUGGUGAAAUAUUAACGAACAUUGAGUUGUAUGACCGUACAAUUCAAAAGACUGGUAAAGCAAAGCACACAUACCCAUUGUUACUUGAUGCCGACUGGGGUACUGAAGGUGUUCUUAAGGAUGAGGAAGCCCUUUGUCUAGAUGCCACGUUUUAUGGUAACGUCGCAAGAUUUAUAAACCACAGGUGCUUUGAUGCUAAUAUUAUAGGAAUACCUGUUGAGAUCGAGACGCCCGACCACCAUUAUUACCAUCUGGCGUUCUUCACAACAAGGAUAAUAGAGCCUUUUGAGGAACUCACAUGGGACUAUGGGAUUGAUUUUGAUGAUGUCGACCAUCCUGUGAAGGCAUUCAAAUGUCAUUGCGGAAGUGAGUUUUGCCGAGACAAAACGCGCAGAUCUAAAUCGAGGGCGCGGGUUUAACCUAUGAAUUCUCUACUCUGCUAUUCAAGUGAUUCAAGGAAGUCAAUGCAGAGCCAUUGAUGGUAUCGUCCAGAAAGAUGAUAUAGUAAUUUUUCUCUGGAAUAGGAUAAACAAUCCAGAUUCCAGAGUUACAGACUGCUGGUUCAGCACUUAAAUAUUCCAACAGCUCAUACGAACUGCUGUCCUUUUUUUCCAAGCUUGGUUGCCCGCAAAGCAGUAUGCUUGGUUGCCCGUUCUUUGUUCCUUUUACCAAUACCAAGUGAUGUAAAGAAUUCUGGAAUGUGAACUCUCUGCCAUGAUAUAGCUCUAGCUCAAUGCAUUAUAUUGGGGAAUCAUUUGUAUGUGGAGCAUUUCUGCUUUCUUCCA